AUGGGUGGCUGGAUUGUUAACGUCGGACGUUCGUUUUGUGGCCAGAACCAUGUUGAAACGAUGAAAAGUACCAUGGCAGAUCGAUUGACCCGAAUUGCUAUCGUGAAUGAAGACCGGUGCAAGCCGAAGAAAUGCCGCCAGGAGUGCAAGAAGAGCUGUCCUGUUGUCAAGACUGGGAGACUUUGCAUCGAGGUGUCUCCGUCUUCCAAGACCUCUUUCUUGUCAGAGGAGCUGUGUAUAGGAUGUGGCAUCUGCGUGAAGAAAUGCGCUAUUCAAAUUAUCAACCUUCCCACGGACUUGGAGAAAGAUACAACCCACCGCUAUAGGUCCAAUGCUUUUAAACUGCACAGGCUUCCAGUUCCAAGGCCGGGGCAAGUCCUAGGUUUGGUUGGAACAAACGGUAUCGGUAAAUCAACUGCUCUCAAAAUCUUGGCUGGAAAACUCAAACCAAAUCUUGGCAGAUACAAUAACCCUCCGGACUGGCAAGAAAUUUUGACUCACUUCCGCGGGUCAGAGCUUCAAAGCUAUUUCACCCGAGUCUUGGAAGAGAAUCUGAAGACCGUUAUAAAGCCUCAACAUGUCGACCAAAUCAAAAAACUUGUCCAAGGCGACCUUGGGAAGAUGCUUGAGAAGCUGGACGAGAGAGGAAUGAUGGUGCAGAUUUGUGCUGAUCUGGAGUUGGACCCUAUCCUUGACCGCAGGGGAAAAGAUGUAUCCGGCGGAGAGCUGCAGAGGUUUGCGAUUGCCGCAGUUUUCAUUAAGAAGGCUGAGAUUUACAUGUUUGACGAGCCAUCCAGCUUCCUCGAUGUGAGGCAAAGACUGAAAGCUGCUCAAGUUCUACGCUCACUUCUCAGGCCUGACAGCUGUCUUUUGGAACUUGGAAAAGCGACGACAAUGUCAGAACUUCCUGGGGAUGUGGUAGAGGAGAUACUCCCUAGGGUUCCAUUGACAUCUCUGAGCGCAGUGCGAUUUACUUGCAAAAAGUGGAACUCAUUAUCUAAGAAUCGGAUUGUUGGUAAAGCAGCAGCAGUAAGGAAGCAGUUUUUAGGAUUCAUUAUGAUGAAUUAUAAGGUUUGCUCGAUGAGGUUCGAUCUUCAAGGAAUCCGAAACGACGACGGUGGUGACUUGGUUGAUCCAUCUAUAAAGCAAGUAGGUCUACUUGACCAAAUCGAGGUAUCUAAAGUCUUUCACUGUGACGGCUUACUCCUAUGCGUUCUCAAGGACAACUCAAGGCUUUUGGUAUGGAAUCCCUAUUUGGGGCAGACUAGGUGGAUUCUACCGAGAAACAGUUUCCACAGGUUAGAUAGGUAUGCUAUCGGUUAUGACAAGAACCGUAACCACAAAAUCUUGAGGGUUUUUGGUGAUUAUCAAGGCAGAAACCAAGUUUUUGGUUAUGAAAUCUAUGAUUUUGGCUCUGAUUCAUGGAGGGCUUUUUAUCCAACUCCCGACAGGGAUAUAGAGUCUCAUCAACGUGGCGUGUCUUUGAAGGGAAGCACAUAUUUCUUGGCUCAAGAGAAGAAAAUUAAAGUGGGUCAACAAAGAGUUGAGGAUAUUCUAGUCUCGUUUGACUUUACAAGCGAAAAGUUUGGACUGCCUCUGUCUCUUCCGUAUGACUCUUACAAGGCAGAUACUUUUGUGUCUCUGUCUUGUGUCGGAGAAGAGAAGCUCGCGGUAUUACAUCAAAGCUGGGGGGUUGGUGACCAGCUGGAGAUUUGGGUUACAAAUAAGAUUGAUCAUCCCGGUGAUGUCGUCUCUUGGAGCAUGUUUUUGAGUUCGGGCUCUGUUUCUAGCGUUAAUUCUAUGGCUGGGAGUUUCUUCAUUGACGAGGAGAUUAAAGUUGCUGUGGUUUUUGAUCUAGACGAAGAUAAAGGAACCGAGACAUGUCGCAACCAAACUGCCUACAUGAUUGGAGAAGACCAUUACUUCAAAUCUGUGAAUAUCGGAGAGGCUCGGAAUCUCGGGAAGCCAGACGAAUUUGGAUAUACUCAACGCAUAUAUUGUCGCCCACUUGUGUGCUCAUCAUAUGUUCCAAGCUUGGUGCAACUCCAGAUCAACCAACCAGGCACAAGGAUAGAAAGCGAUGAUCAACAUAGCUUCUUGCAUCUUCUUUGA